CAGGAGCGCUCCUGCAGCUGGCUCGAUGCCGCCACGAUGUCGGCUUUUCUCUUCUUAUUGUUGAUGUUUGUUUCUCAGCCGGCGUCAUCCGUGCUCCAGAGGCUGUACUGCUCCAUUUCUGACAGCUGCGAGUGCGACUUCAGGCCGAAUAUCCGAGAUCUGGAGUGGGACCUCUACAAGAAUGUCUACGGGCAGCACCUAGCUCAGGAUGUGGUUUCCGAGGAGGUGGCCCGGUUCCUGCGAGAUCAAAACCCAGACAGGCCGCUGGUUUUGUCCUUCCAUGGCUCCUCUGGCACCGGGAAGACCCUAGUCAGCUCCAUGCUGGGGAACCACCUGUAUGGCUCCGCCAUGAGCAGCCCCUUUGUGCACCAGUUCAUCCCCACGCUGCACUUCCCUGCGUCGGGGGACCUGGACCAGUACCGGGAGGACCUGAAGUCCUGGGUCCAGGGGAACCUGACCAAGUGUGCUCGCUCCAUCUUCAUCUUCGACGAGAUGGAGAAAAUGCUGCCGGGCCUGGUGGACGUCCUGGAGCCGUUCCUCGGCCCGUCCCACGUGGUGUUCCGCACCAACUACAGAAAGGCCAUCUACGUCUUCAUCAGCACUGCGGGAGAAGAUGUGAUCAACCGGGCAGCUGUGGAGCAGCGACUGGCCGGACGGGACCGCGAGGAGAUCCGGCUGGAGGAUCUUCAGGACGCCAUCGCACAGACGCUCUACCAGAACCGAACCAGUGGAUUCUUCAACUCCUCCAUCGUCCAGCAGAAGCUCAUCACUCGCUUCGUUCCCUUUCUGCCUCUGAGUCGUCGUCACGUGGAGCGCUGCGUCCGGGCCCAGCUCUGCCUGCUGGGCUCCUGCGACCGCACUGACGUGGUGGGGUCGGUAGGGGGCGACAUGACCUACGUGCCGCUGCCCGGACAGUACUUCUCCACCACCGGCUGCAAGACGAUUCCUGCGAAGAUCAGCUUCUUCCUAUGACACCAGUGGGGGAGGCAGGUUUUCACCCGAGGGGGCCGCGCGACAUGAGAGUCCCCCCUGAACUUCUCAGACCCAGAAGGUUUUUAAAAAGACGCAACAUUUGCACAUUUGGAGAGUCGUGGCGCGACAGAAGUGUUUUCUCUGGUGAAUGUUGGACAUGAGUUUUUAGAAUGUGAUGGAACCUCUCGCAGCAGUUGUCAUCUGCACAACUGGUUUUAAGUUCAAAUCAUCACCUUGUUAUUUAUUGCUCGAAACCAAAUCUGGAUGUAGCGCAGUACCGAUCAUAACCAGCAGGUGCCAGCAGAGACUGCAUGAGGGAUUAAAACUGCUUUUGUUUGUAAUUUCUCAAACCCAAACUCUGGGCUGGUGAUUGUGCUUCACCCCUUUUCUUUCUAAAUGGAGAAUCCUUGCAUGUCAGGGUCAGGCUCUUUGCCUCUCUCAGGUUCUCAGCACUGUGCGAAGCUGCCAGCUCUCGACAUGAAGUCGGCGUGAUGACUUCAUCAACUCACUUCCAGCAGGAGGAAGAGGAGGGCGCCUAGGUCAGUGGCGAGGCCUCCUCUUCCUCGCAGCUGCCCGACAACCACGUGUCCGACGUUGGUUCUCACGCUCUGAGGACCAAGAUGAUGAAGAGGAGCUGCUGUCCUCCUCGUCCGCUGCCUUGCGGCUGCUCCAUCACAAAUGGGGUGUAAAAAGCCACCUCCUCUAAAUAACUUUCCUCCUCCCCCCUCCGUUCUUUCUCCUCCGGAGUGGGUGGGGGCGCAACAAUGGGGCUCACCCUUCUUUCCCCUCCACAUCUGUGAGCGCCCCUCCGUCCCCUUUCUUCCUGCUAACCGCUCCAUUAUUGGCUCUUUCACUUGUAAAUGUGGCCACUGAU